ACGUAGGUCAUGUGACUUCUCUCUGCCUCCCGAUUGGCUCCUUCCUGCCGGCCUCUUCCGGUGCCGAGAAAAUGGAGGAAUACGUCCGCGAGCCAUGCCCGUGGAGGAUUGUCGAUGACUGUGGUGGGGCUUUCACAAUGGGGCUCAUUGGAGGGGGUGUCUUUCAAGCAAUUAAAGGAUUCAGGAAUGCCCCUGUGGGAAUCAAUUACCGUCUCAGAGGAAGUAUGAACGCAGUGAGGAUCCGUGCUCCGCAGAUUGGGGGUAGCUUUGCAGUUUGGGGCGGUUUAUUCUCGACAAUUGACUGCGGUUUAGUGCGAAUACGAGGGAAGGAGGAUCCAUGGAAUUCUAUCACUAGCGGAGCAUUGACUGGCGCCGUGCUGGCUUCUCGUAGUGGUCCCCUUGCCAUGGCGGGUUCUGCACUAAUGGGUGGUGUUCUAUUGGCUCUCAUUGAAGGAGUUGGAAUUCUGCUCACCCGUUACACAGCACAGCAGUUUCAAAACCCCAGCCCUUUUGGAGAGGAUCCAAGCUACGUACCACAGUGACAACGUGCAGAACUUCCCACAACUGUCUACGGGUUACAGGAGCCCAUUGUAUAUAGAAACCCGCCCGUCUGUUCCUCUGUCUCUCUCUAUUGGCUGAAUAAAGUUAUAUUGUAAUGCUG